AUGACGCCUUCCAUUGUAUUCGAGGCCGAACCAGGCAGUGCUCGACUCAUGGAGUGUAACGUUGCCGCUAAGCCAUUGGUGGUAGAUGGGGGCAUUGGACACAAGACAGGCGUUGCAAUGGUGCAUCUACCAGAGGAGACAAAUUCAAACCAACAAACUAUCGUUACAGAUCCUGACCAGCAGUUGCCGCACUUGACCAUAUCAGAGGACUACACGGUUUCUGAAGAACCCUUGGGCACAAUCCGUCCAGUCCGUGUCAUUAGUAUUGGUGCCGGAGCUAGUGGUAUCAAUCUUGCCUACCAAUUUACAAAGAACAUGCAGAAUUCGACAUUGAAUAUCUAUGAGAAAAACCCAGCCGUCGGCGGCACUUGGUACGAGAAUCGCUAUCCCGGGUGCAAAUGCGAUAUCCCCUCGCACAACUACCAAUUUUCAUGGGAACCCAAUCCAAACUGGGCUGAGGUAUUUUCUCCGGCACAGGAGAUUAAGGAUUACCUUCAGCACUGCGUCGAUAAAUACGACCUUGCCAAAUAUAUUCAUCUAAGUCACAAAGUCAUUUGCGCCGAAUGGAAUGAAGAGCGUGGCAUCUGGAAUGUGAAGAUUGAGGACACAGCCAACCAGUUGAUUUUUACCGACUGGUGUCAUUACUUAAUCAAUGCCGGUGGCAUUUUGAACAAUUGGAAAUGGCCUUCUAUUCCUGGUCUUCAUGAAUAUCAAGGAAAGCUAGUGCAUAGCGCGAACUGGCCAAGCGCCUGGGAUUACAGUAAUCUCAAGGUUGCCGUCAUUGGAAAUGGGUCAACCGGCAUCCAGAUUGUCCCAGAGAUGCAAAAGACGGUCAAACAGCUCGUUCAUAUCAUUCGCUCACCAACAUGGGUGACACCGGGAGCGGCGUCCAGGUAUCCAUCCCUUCGAGGAGGUUCCAUGCCCGACGUCUUCACCGAGGAACAGAAAGAACACUUCCGCAAUGAACCUGAAUCAUACCUGGCAUUUAGGAAACAGGUUGAACGAGAGAUCAACAGCAAGUUUCAGAUGCUGAUCAAUGGGAGCGCAAAAGCGGCCGAAGUUCGACAGGCAGCAUACGACAGUAUGAUAUCCCUCCUUGGGCCAGAGGGUGCUCGCAAGUAUGCCGAGAAAAUUAUCCCUUCGUUCCCGGUCGGCUGCCGAAGGAUUACCCCAGGAGUCGGAUAUCUGGAAAGUUUCACCAAGGAGAAUGUUCGAAUCAUCACGGACGCCUCCAUCUCGAGAGUUGACAAAACUGGCCUCGUGAUGUCAGACGGAGAGCAUAUUGAGGUGGACGCUAUUGUGUGUGCAACUGGGUUCGAUGUGUCCUUUUCUCCACGCUUUCCUGUCAUCGGACGAGACAAGAUCAGUCUCAGUGAUGUUUGGUCCAAAAACAUCCCGUUCGCUUAUCUCUCCAUGACGAUUCCAAAGUUUCCGAACUAUUUUGUCUUCCUUGGCCCUAAUGCGCCUAUUUCGCACGGCAGUAUUCUUACGAUUACCGAGCAAUGUUCCAAAUACGUGAUGCAGCUCAUUACAAAGGCACAGACAGAGAAUAUCAAGGCAUACGACGUCAAACAGGCAGCCUGUGAUGAUUUCCUUACACAUAUCCAUCACUUCAUGCCUCGUACAGCCUGGGCGGCUAAAUGCCGAUCGUGGUUCAAGAACGGAACUGUGGAUGGGCCUAUCCUAGCCAUACAUCCAGGCAGCAGGAUACACUGGUUCCAUUCGCUUGAGAGGCCGAAAUUCGAAGACUUUGACUAUACCUACUGGACAAAUAACAGAUUUUCUUACUUGGGCAACGGCUUUUCAACGAGAGAGAUGGAUGGCGGCGAUGAUACAUGGUUCUUAGAGCAUCCUGAGGCGGCUUAUCUCUAUUAUUGA